CGGUCGGAUCUUUUCGACUCGAGAUCAUGGCACCGGUCGACGACGAUUCCGACGACGACGCCGUGUGGGCAUUUGCACCGCCACCCGCGUCCGUGCUUCGUGACGCGUACACCAUCACGGACGUUGACAUGACGCCGUUCUAUGACAUCGACCCGAGCUUCGAGCGCAAGCUACAUGCCCUCGGCCCUCGGUCGCACCACGCGAAUAGCCUCCAAGUCGCAUGCCGCGACGACGUGCCGUCGCUCGAUUGGUCACAGACGUACGUGACGCAGGUGCACAUGGAGGCGCUGGCGGCGUACGUUGCGCUCACGUCGCGCCACCUCGUCUCGCUCAAUCUGUCGAAGAAUGCGCUCGGACCACGUGGCGCCGAGCUCCUUGGGCACGCGCUCAUCACCAACAACACGAUCGAGUAUCUCGACGUGAGCGAGACCGAGCUCACGGGAAGUCCGCUCCGCCCGUCCUUUGCCGGCCUCGCCAAGCUCGUCAAAGGCUGGGAGAGCAAGCGCUCGAUGUUGCGACACCUCAACGCGGGGCUGCAACCCAAUGGCGUCCGGCUUGUCUGCUCGGCACUUGCUUUUCAUCGAUCGCUUACGUCGCUCAAUGUGUCGAACAACAUGGCUGGCCUCUUCAAGGACAAGCAAGGCUACAUCGCGCUUGCGAGUCUGCUUCGCUUCUCGGGAUCGCUCACAUCUCUGGACAUGUCAAACAACCCGUUCCAGUCGGGUGCGACAUCUGCCCUCGAAGAGGCGCUCGAUGGCAACACGGCGCUCACCUCUCUCGACGCCACGGGCUGCAACGUCGCGGGAGUCUUUGAGCGAGUACAUCUACCUGCACUAUGGGACCUUCGUCUGUAG